AUGGGGUACUACAAUGGAAAUGGAAGUCCCAAUGCCCGGACUAUACAUAUGGACCCGAACAGGCACAUGGAACAGGGCAUGCACAUCACGGAAAAUUCGGUAUACCUGGCUCUGUCGCGACGGCUGUGGGCUUACGUGUUCGAGCGGCCACACGACGAAGUAUCUGCUUCGACGAGCGGCGUGGCGGCGGCGGUCACGAGGAGCGCCUUCCCGAUCCCGAACCCGACCCCGAAAACCUUGUCGAAGGCAUGA